GCCGGCUGAAUCUGCAGGCCCUCCUCCGAAGGUCCGUGGCAGUUCGGCCGCCUCAGGAACGCAGGGGACGCUCCCGCUCCCCUCUGCAGAGACGGCCCGUGGUCAAGACGAAGGCCAAGGAGAAGCCCGAGAAGGAGGCAAAGGAGCCGGAGCCCUCGAAAUCGGAACCCUCAACAGGGAGGUACGUACCGCCGCGCAAGACAGCCAGGCAGGAGGUCCCAGCGUCGUCCCAGCGUCGUCUUCGGCGCGGGACCCGGCCAAGCGCGGCUCGGUCCGUCCUUUUGGGCGAGAUGCUCCAGUCUCGUGUGAGCAGGCGCGAAGACCUGCAGAAGGCCCUCGACAAUAUGACAGCUGACGACCCGGCGCGUGAGAACACAGAAGCUGAGCUUCAGGAGCGGGGCGCUGUCAUCAAGAACCUCAAGGAGGAGCAGACGGCCACGCGACGGGGCACAAAGGCUGGGCACAGCAGCCGACAGGAGCGGGACAAGCCGGAGAUGGCAAGAGAGCUGAGAAGACCCGCAGCCGAGCCAAAGGCUCGAACGAGAGAGCUGCCCCCGUCCGAGGCAAAGGUUACGGCGGCCAAAAAGGCAAAGAAGCACCGCAAGGAGCGGAAGAGAGAAAAGAGGAGGAAGGCAGAGAAGGCUGAGAAAGCCAAAGGGAGGCCCGCUGUGGGCAACCUCUCUGCCUUCGGUGGCAACAUCGAGACCGGCUCGAAAGGAGCCACCAGUAACCCGGGUGGACUCGGGUCGACUUUGUGGUCGACUCGGGCGCCAGUCCUGGGAGAGAGCUCGAAGCUGAAGGAACCGGUUGGGUACCGCAGCUUCCAACUUGCCGACGGCAGCGUGGUCGCCAACGAGGGCACGCUUGAAGCCAAAGCCUGGCUGCUGGGGGACGAGGUCCUUGAGUUGAGGGCCUCGGUCGCCGCGCUCUUGUCACCUCCCGAGGAAACAAGGAUCUUCUUCAAGAACGGUGUCUACAUCCUCCCGGUCUGGAUGGACACCAGCAACCGACUUUUCGAGCUUGCUCCACACCCUUUUGAGGG